ACAAUUGCUGUAAAGUAGAAGGAACACAUUCUUGAAUUACAUCAUCAACAAAAUCAUCGAAUCACAGAGCAAUCACUGUGAUGGGACACAAUCUGUUGUCAGUUGUCAUGGGCUUCCACACAAUUAGUCUGCUCUAUUUUAAGCAGGUGUGUGAUAGUUUAUUGCUGUGUGAUUGGAUAUAUAAGACACCUGCAGAACCUGAUUUUGACCAGCAACCAUGGAGAGAGUCAUAGUUAACCUCAAAGAUGACAAAGGCACUGUCCAACUAUGUGUAAGCAGAGAUACUGCAGACAAACUGGCAACUGGUGAGUAAAAAGAAAUAUAUGAUACAUCAUACCAUUACAAAUGUAGAUGGCAAUUAUUUUACGAGAGCUGUUUUUUCAGAUAACCAGUACGCCUCUAACAUACUGGAGCAAAUAAGAGCUGCAGAAGACUUUCAAGUAAACCCACAAUCUAUCAGCCCUGUCAUCCAACCGCCUGUCCUCCCCACUCCUCAACCUCCAACUUUCACCCAGAGUCACACUCCCCAGCCCAGAGUUUCCUCCACCCCCAGUCACAUUCAAACCAAGCCAACUGCUACAUUCACCAGGUGCUCCACUCCUAUUCCUCAGCCCCAGGUAUCCACCACUCCCAGUCACAGUCAAACCCAACCAGCAGCUACAGUCACCCGGUGCCCCACUCCUGAAACAAACAUUUUAUCACACUCAUCCCCUUCAGACAGCCUGUUCCCAGUUCCAUCCUCACAGCCAGAAUGCCAUGAAACCCAGACAGAAUUCCAACACAACACAACACUAUUACUGCUUGAGCUGACCAGGACCUAUCAACACCUGUACAACCGGAACAAAAUAUCCUUUUACAAGAAGCUGGAAGAAGCCUUUAGUGCAAAAGGCUAUUCCUUCACAAACGACAAAAUCAGGAGAAAUCUCGGUAACAUGCUGACAACUUACAAAAGGGCUAAAGACAGGUCUCGGACAACAGGAGAGGGCAAAAUCACCUGGGAAUAUUACUCGGUGAGUGGUGCUAUGUACAUAUGUUAAAUGUUAGUGGGACUUUCUGAAGGGUAUCAAGUUUCCCUUAAUGUCCUGUUUCAUUUUUGCCACCCACAAUUUUUAUCAGUGCACCAUAGUUUCAAUACUGACAGGAGUGAUCACAGCAAAUGAGUGGGGAGGGGACACUUGUGCUUCUUAUUUAACUGAAAAUUUCUCCUUUUGUACAGCAAAUGGAUGAAAUAUUUAGUGGCUCCGGGGUGGGGAGUGCGCCACCAGGCACCAUCACUUCAACACCACUCUUUCCAAGUCAGACCUCAUCUGAACUCAGUCGGUCAACUCUUGAACGUGACACAGACAAUCAACAGCCUGGCCCAUCAACUGCCACGCAGACAACACAUCCAUCUGCCAAAAAAAGAGGCAAAGCUAAAUCCUCAUUUUAGGACACUUACGAGUCCCAUGCUGAGCGGAGGACGGCUGCUCUGGAGUCACUCGUGAGGUCAGAAUUGGCAAGAUGGAGGAGACUAAAGGAGAGAAGAAGAAGAAGAAGAAGAAGAAGAAGAAGAUAUGAGAAAAAAAAUGAUCUCAUGUAUGGGACAAAUACUUACCCAAUUAAAAGACAUUGGAAGGCAGCAAGAACAAAUUAUUGACUUACUAAAAGAAAGCAACACGAAAUAAAAAUGUUGAAUGAAAUUUAUGUGUCUGUCUUUUUGAUAUGUUGGGAAGAACUGAAAAAAUGUUUGAAAACUGAAACACUCCACAAAGGAAGUAGUGGUUGGCUCGUUCAAUUCACAACCAUGAAAUGACUGCCUCUGGGGACUACUGAUACUCCGAGAUCCCCUGCUGAUUUCGCCUGGGUUCUUACCACCCAGUUGCCAUGAGCUGCCACUUGGAGGCACAGCAGAAGUCCUGAUGAUGUAGAGGCACUUCAGUCAAAGGGUAACUAACCUAAUGCCUUAGAACAUUGUGACAUUUGUAGUUUUUGAUCUCCAUGAUAAACUUGCCAUUUGAUCUGAGGUGCCUCACAUCACCCUGUGGCAUACUGCACACCAGCUCACAAAAACUUGAAAAGAAAAGACUGUAAAGAAAAGGGGAUGAAUGUAAAGGUGUGUCCUGUCUUUAAAUGAGUGCAGAAAUCCUGUCUCUGUACUGAGAUGCAUUUUGGUUGUUGGGCUGUGGUGGGUGUACAUCAAUGUCCACUCCAACUUGAAGGGGACCUUGCUCCUCUUCAUCAGGUUGGUCACCAGAGUCCAAACAGAUGUUAUGCAGAAUGCAGCAUGUUGUCACAGUUGCACUGAUGUGUGCCACUGUCUUCAUGUGCAGACACUUGAGCCUCCUGAACUUGGACUUCAUGAUUCCAAAUGCAUGCGCAAUUGCCACACGAGCCGCAUUCAGCUUCCUAUUGAAGCGCCUCUGCCUGGCCGUUAGGUGCCCAUUAUCCCUGUAGGGCUUCAUUAGUUGUUGCAACAGAGGGUACGCUGAAUCUCCAAUGAUGUACAUUCCCUCUGGGACCAGGGCCUGGGGAUCUUCCUCUAGUAGCCGCCCAACAUCUGUGUGUCGAAAUGCUCUCGCAUCAUGCCAACUCCCGGGGUGACCGACAUUAACGUGGCAAAAACGCCGCUCACCAUCACAGAAGCCAGUGAGGAUAACGGAAUUGAUCGCAGCCUUUUGUCACCGCCCCCUGCUGCGGCCGCCUGCUCUCGUCUACUUUCCAGGCGAGGUGCAGUUCAUCUCGAACGUGUGUGUCAGCCCUGCGAUAGUCUGGCGACCUGUCCAGGGUGUACCCUGCCUCUCGCCCGAUGUCAGCUGGGAUAGGCUCCAGCCCUCCCGCGACCCUCAAGAGGAUGAAGCGGUUAGAAGAUGAAUGAAUGAAUGAAUGAAAUACACCAGGGAAAGGAGAAGUGAAAAGACAAAGAAAAGUGGAGCAGAGGGUGGCAGGAAGAAUAGAUGGAAAUAUAUGGGC